GGUUUUGGUCUGCCUCUCCUGAGGCGUCUGGCUUCUGCUGAGCCGGUUGCGAGCGGCUGCAGCCUCCGCCCUGAGUGGAGAGCGCCCUCGCCUGCGUCCUGCCGCGCACACAGCACUCCAGGCGGGAGCUCCCUGGACUCCCCACAGCACUUUAACCCCCUGCCCGUUUCCCUGGAAAUUUCCGCCUUCGCAUCACAGGAUAUCAGAAAGGUUAGCGAAUUGCUUAGGAAAGUGAGGACAAAAUCUGAUGAAUUUGAUAUGACGAAUGACCUCGAAUGCUACCGUUGCGGAAAGGAAGCAGAGCUGUUCAACUUCUAACUGCGGUUCCUGUGAUGUUCCACAUAAGCGUUUUAAAACUUUGAUUCCGCUUUGGGAGGCCGAGGCGGGCGGAUCACGAGGUCAAGAUAUCGAGACCAUUCUGGUCAACAUGGUGAAACCCCGUCUCUACUAAAGAUACAAAAAAUUAGCUGGGCAUGGUGGCGCGUGCCUGUAAUCCCAGCUACUCAGGAGGCUGAGGCAGGAGAAUUGCCUGAACCCAGGAGGCGGAGGUUGCGGUGAGCCGAGAUCGCGCCAUUGCACUCCAGCCUGGGUAACAAGAGCGAAACUCCGUCUCAAAAAAAAAAACCAAACCAAAACAAAAACAAAAAAACUUUUAUUCCGAAAUGUGGUCUCAUGUUAAAAACAUUUACAUUCGGUAUAACCUCUACGUCCUACAUGCGUGUGCAUAAUCCGGGAUAGAUCCCUGGAUCCCUGCUACCAAUGACUUAAUGACUGCUCAAUUUGGACGAAAGAACCAAAUUCCACCUCCUUCCUCCCCCCAAUUAUUCUAACUGUAAUUUUGAGAUUUGGGUCAGCAUUUCUGGAAUUGGGGGCAAAAAUGCAAAAACCCAUAAACGAAACUGCAGUCAUGAUCUCUCCGUGGUGCUGAAGCAACGCUCCCCAGCUGUGAUCGGUCACUCUCAGGGCACUUAGUCGCUUGUUUUGAGAUUAUCAUAUUCAUUUCAGCUUUUAAUUUAGAUUCCAGUAGUGUUUUAGUCUCUCAGUGGCAACUUUCUUAUUUAAGUAGGUACAAAAUCGAGCCAAGAUCUGCAAUCUUUUAGUUUCCGUGUAAGGAUAGCAGACAUUUGAAAAAUUAUCUCCAUUCUUUUAUUAUAUCGUAGCGCUAGAAUUCCUUCUUUUAUUGCUGUCCUGCCACAGGCCCAGAUUCUCCCUUGUGGGUGGAGAAACGAUAGCUGUACUAGAAAACCUGAGGUGAAUUCUAGCACCAAGCUCGGUUCUCAAAACUACAUUUCCCACAACCAUGCACUACACUCCCAUGAAGCCUCCGGAGCGUGCGCAGAAGACGCACAGUGACAGUUUCCUAUCUCGGAAACGCGGCGUGGCCGCUUACCGGAAAAUAGGGCACACCUGUUUGAUUCGUUUAUUCCUGAGGUUGUCGUAUCAUGGCUGAUAAUGAUGCAGACAGAAACCAGACUGAGAAACUCCUAAGAAGAGUACAAGAACUGGAGCAUGAGGUGCAAAGACUUAAAAAGGAACAGGCCAAAAAUAAGGAGGACUCAAACAUUAGAGAAAAUUCAGGAGCUGGAAAAACUAAGCGUGCAUUUGAUUUCAGUACUCAUGGCCGAAGACAUGUAGCCCUAAAAAUAGCCUAUAUGGGCUGGGGAUACCAGGGCUUUGCUAGUCAGGAAAACACUAAUAAUACCAUUGAAGAGAAACUGUUUGAGGCUCUAACCAAGACUCGACUAGUAGAAAGCAGACAGACAUCCAACUAUCACCGAUGUGGGAGAACAGACAAAGGAGUUAGUGCCUUUGGACAGGUGAUUUCACUUGACCUUCGCUCUCAGUUUCCAAGGCGCAGGGAUUCUGAGGACUUUAAUGUAAAAGAGGAAGCUGCUGAAGAGAUCCGUUAUACCCACAUUCUCAAUCGGGUGCUCCCUCCAGACAUCCGUAUAUUGGCCUGGGCCCCUGUAGAACCGAGCUUCAGUGCUAGGUUCAGCUGUCUUGAGCGGACUUACCGCUAUUUUUUCCCUCGUGCUGAUUUAGAUAUUGUAACCAUGGAUUAUGCAGCUCAGAAGUAUGUUGGUACCCAUGAUUUCAGGAACUUGUGUAAAAUGGAUGUAGCCAAUGGUGUGAUUAAUUUUCAAAGGACUAUUCUGUCUGCUCAAGUACAGCCAGUGGGCCAGAGCCCAGAUGAGGAGAGAUGGCAAGUACCUUUUCAGUUAUGUCAAUUUGAAGUGACUGGCCAGGCAUUCCUUUAUCAUCAAGUCCGAUGUAUGAUGGCUAUCCUCUUUCUGAUUGGCCAAGGAAUGGAGAAGCCAGAGAUUAUUGAUGAACUGCUGAAUAUAGAGAAAAAUCCUCAGAAGCCUCAAUAUAGUAUGGCUGUAGAAUUUCCUCUAGUGUUAUAUGACUGUAAGUUUGAAAAUGUUGAGUGGAUUUAUGACCAGGAGGCUCAGGAGUUCAAUAUUACCCAUCUACAACAACUGUGGGCUAAUCAUGCUGUCAAAACUCACAUGUUGUAUAGUAUGCUACAAGGACUGGACUCUGUUGCAAUACCCUGUGGAGGAGGACCAAAGAUGGAUGGAAUGACAGAAUGGAGAAAUGUUAAGCCCUCUGUCAUAAAGCAGACCAGUGCUUUUGUAGAAGGAGUGAAGAUGCGCACAUAUAAGCCCCUCAUGGACCGUCCUAAAUGUCAAGGAUUGGAAUCCCGGAUCCAGCAUUUUGUACGUAGGGGACGGAUUGAGCACCCACUUUUAUUCCAUGAGGAAGAAACAAAAGCCAAAAGGGACUGUAAUGACACACUAGAGGAAGAGAAUACUAAUUUGGAGACACCAACAAAGAGGGUCUGUGUGGACCCAGAAAGUAAAAGCAUCAUUUAACCACAGACAAUUUGCCAGGAUCUAGGAUAAUGGUAGGUGGACAGAAAAGGGAAAAAUAAUUUACUUGCAAGUACUAGGAAUUCAGAUUAUCAGCUCUUAAAAAAAAACGCAGAAAGACUAAAGCCCUAUUAAGGAAGUUACUGCUUUAAUAAGAAAGUUCAAAUAUUCUCUUAUCCCUGUCCAAAAGGAUUAAGAGAUUAAAGAAGCAAAAAGCAGUUGUAAAAUGGAGAUAUGUUUAUGUAUACCUGGAAACCUGUGCCUUGUAUUAAACUUCAUUAAACCCUAAUCCUGCAAGUA